AUGGGUAAAAUAAUGAAGCCAGGAAAGGUUGUUCUUGUCCUUCGUGGAAAAUACGCAGGUAGAAAAGCACUUGUGGUUAAAGCUCAGGAUGAAGGAGGUGCAGAUAGGUCGUAUCCUCAUGCUAUCAUUGCUGGGAUCGACAAAUAUCCACUGAAGGUGACGAAAAGCAUGGGGAAAAAGAAGCAAGAAAAGCGAAAUAAAUUGAAACCGUUUGUGAAGGUAGUCUCCUACAGCCACCUCCUUCCUACUCGGUACUCAGUUGAUGUUGGUUUUGACAAGGCCAAUAUCAAUAAGGAGUCAUUGAAGAUCCCUAAGAAGAAGAGAUGUGCUCUCGCAGAGAUUAAGUCAAAGUUUGAGGAACGGUACAAGACCGGAAAGAACAAGUGGUUCUUUACCAAAUUGCGCUUCUAA